AAAAAAUGAAGUGAAAAACAACCAAGCAGCGGUUGCAAAUUUGUGCCAACGGUUGACAGUGAUUGGAUUGGAUUGAUUCGCCUCGGUUCAUCUCUUGGUUUGGCGGGGAAUUCUCGAGGUAUUAUACUAUUUUCCUAAAGACACUGUUAGAAAUUUCAUUGUGACUGCCUCGUCCAUUUCUUCCGAGAACGACCCAAACGAUCCCAGGCCGGUUCGGAGUUGACAAGCAAUUGGCGUCGCCAAUUGGCGGACACAAUUGGGUAACAAUUGUAGCGCUGCGUCAGAGACUCACUCGUGUGCGGCCGGGCGGCAUUUUGGCGGCAAUUUGUUGUUGACGAAGCGAAAUACUGUUAUUAGGGUGGAACUUCGGUGAGAGGGGAACUAGAAAGCACGGUGCAACUACAGAUGAGACGGGAUUCAGUGAACCGACCGCUGAAGGAAACGACAAAAACCAGCAAAAUGACAUCAAGUAGAUCGAUAGCAAAUCGGCGGACUAAAAUUAACAAGGUGUGGGUUGCCUUUGCGGUGUUUGGCGCAAUAUCCAUCCUUCGGCCGGCGUCGGGCCGAAUCGUGAAGCGCAGCUACUCCGACCAGAGCGUCCGAGGAUACCUGACCGAGCGUACCUGCUGGUGGAACGAGGUAUGCAAGGAGGAAUUCCAACAGCUGUUCCGAUGCCGGUGUCCUCAGUGGUCGUACUGCAGGUCACCGGGACGGUACUACAACGCCUACUGCUCCAUGACGAACACCGGCUACAUCUGGACGCAACCCACGUGGGACUGGGAGACGGCCUAACCUCGCCAGCAUCGGCAACGGUGCCGGGGUUGCAGCAACAACAGCAGCAGCCGGUCGGGGACAAGUGGAACGAGGGUCGUGGAAUUGAUGUCACAAGCUGUGGAACAUUUUACUGUUUAAAGUACGCUGUUUGGCCCUUGUGAGACUAGAAAAGGGUUGAAAAGGAUUAACAAGUGUUGGAACUCAUCCAACGCAAGCGUCAGUAAUCAUCAAAUAUUCAUCAUUUUCAGACCAAAAGCGAACAUCCACUGUCGAAACUUGAUCGUUUCAGCAUGGUGAAGGGUUUCUUCUCAGGUGGCUACACCCUUUUGGCACUUUGAGACAACACCUGGCUCAUAAAUGUGACCUGUACGUCGUCACUGUUUUUCGUUGUGCGAAGAUAUAUCUCCAAAAAUAUGUUUUCUGAUAGAACAUAUAGAAAUGAUUGUUAGUUUCAAAAUAAAUUAAAGUAUAAACAACUUUUUACCUGUUAAUUUUCACUGCUUUCUUUGCGGUUUCAAUAAAACCUUGAAUGAUAAAUCACUUAAUGUACUCAUUGAAAACAAUAUAGCUGCCAUAGCAUAAAGAAAAAUCAAUAGACAACAAAUGGCGUAAGAGCAUUCGAUUCAUCAUACAAAAAAGAUUGCAACUGUUCAGGCAAAGUUUAUCGUUUAAAGCACUAGCAGACCAAACGUUCGAUAGACUUACAGUGUACAUGAGGUGGGCACAAAGCAUGCUUACAGCAAGGAAAAAUAAAACCAUUUUACGAAAUGUGUUUGGCAAUAGUUGGUCGUUGGGUUUAGAGAUAAGGCGCCUUUUGCUGCAAAGUCCCAACAUGUAGUCGCUUUAGCCGGAACGAUUUUAUUCCGAUCUUUGCGGGCUGGGUGCUUUAUUUUAGCAAUAGCAGUGGUAGAAAUAGUAGCAUUAGUAAAAGUAGUAGUAGUAGUAGUGAUAGAAGCAGUAGUUGAUGCAAUUGGAUAAAAAACCUGUUGGAAGAAGGGAUUACAAGGGUGUCGAGAUAAAUAAAAACAGUAUUAUCGGGACGCUGGAGACCACAUAUAACAUGGUAAACGAAAAGGACAAGGAUAAAAACAGCACAAAACACAGGAUGCAUUUUAGAGUGGGGCCAUGUUGAGCACUUGGAUUGAGUAGUGUGUUUCAAACGUUAUGUUACCGAAUAAAGCUGCAAAAGGAGCAAACUGAAUACACUCUUGCAUAAGUUUUAAAAAAAGGACUGAGAAAAAAAUGAGAAAUUUUAGUUUCAUUUAAAAACAAGUUACAGUAAGUAUUAGGAAUAUUAUUCCUUAAGCAAAAGAAAGUGUAUGUUUAA